AUGAAGAAGAAAAAGGAGGCUUUGUCGGCAUUUAUACGUAGCUGGGCCUUGAGGUAUGAGAGCCGGCCAGAGAAGAAAAACGCUGUUGCCGCUGGUCUAGGGAGCUUUUAUCCUGUUCUUCGCCUUCUCCUUCCGAGUUCUGACUACAGCCGGCCAGCUUAUGGUAUCGGACAACCUACAAUGGCGAAAAUAUGCGUGAAAGCUUUUGGCCUUGCACCCAAAGGCCUGAGCGCACAAACUCUACUGCACUUUAACAAUCCCAAAUACUCUGGGAAUAAAGACGGCCGAGAUUUAGCAGAUUCCGCCCUCUCAGUUUUGGCUGAUCACUGUGAAGUCGAAAGCGACCUGACAAUCUCUGUGAGUCGAGUAAAAAUUUUAACCAAAGUUAGAUUUGUUUAACGAGGACAUCAGUGCACACCAUACAAAAUAUCCGACUUAUUUUCCCACUGAUAUUAUCAGUAAAUAUGGUAAACUCCAUUCCAUUUGCACUAGACAACUUGCCUGCAGGAAAUUUCCCAUCGCUUGUUUUGUUGAACCUAUGUUGGAAAUGCUAAGCCAGUGAAUUGGGGAGCGCAACGAUUUGCCUAUUAUGGACUGGAUACUUUUACUUGGCGGCCCCUAGUUAUAAAUUUAGGGAAAUGUCGAACAUGUACUUUGCGUUGCCAUUCUGUAAAGCAGUUUGCCGCGAUACCUUGUGUAGAUAACGAACCCUAGAAAGCUUUUUCUUGUUACAGUCAGCAUUUAGAACCAGAUUAAUACUUCUAUCUCAUAUCCCACCUGAUCUUUACUCGAACGUUUCCGAACCAGAAGGCUACCUGUUUUAGGCAUAGAUUUUCACCAUUUAGUCAAGGUACCUCAACACCAACUCCCAGUCUUGCAUAAACCUACAAAUUUCAGAUAUUUCAUAUAGGACAUCAUAAUAACAUUGCCGGCAAAGCCAAGGGAGACUUUGUCUUUGCCGGCAAUAUUACUCUGCUUAUAUUGCUCGCCGCUAUGCGGCUGCUGGUUGGACUCGAGAGAGAGAGACCCAAAGCACAACGGGAUGACUGAGUUCCGUAACACGACCAGUGGGUGUCCCUCUACCAUUGGGUAGCAUUACAUUUUUAAAUAAUUCAAUUCUAUAAAGGGCGGAUGUUACGUAUCCCUCAAGCGUCACCUUGUCUCUUCUUUCGUCUCUUCCAGGAGCUCCACGAGCAACUGGAUAACAUUGCCUAUGCAUCUAAUCAGGAGGAGAAACAGGCAAUUUUAACUCCAUUUAUUCGUUCAAUCAGCGCGCUCGAACUGAAAUGGUUUGUCAGGAUAGUCAGCCUGCGUGAAUUGCAUUUGGGCCUGAGUACCAAGACUGUUCUAACUUGUUUUCAUCCGGCCGCCCCUUCUAUUUGGAAUGUCACACAGGUUGGUUCCUUCCUCCCAUCGGUCGUCUGUCGUCUUCACAUGCUUCUUUAUCUGCCCACUGUGGCUUUGGCAAUUUUUGUUAUUUUGCACUAAGUCCUAUAGUUAUUUAAACCUGCGCAAAUAAACUUACAUCUUUUGCACAUAGGAUCUUUGCACACUCUGUCAACGCAUCGCAGACAUCGACCCGACUCAACCCGUGGAUACCAAGUCCUCUCUAUCGACCGCUGGUCAAAGUGUAAACCUCAAUGUUGCCUACCGCCCAAUGCUAUGUUCACGGGCCAACAGUACUCUCGAAAUAUGCAUUGCAUACGAGAAACUCUUCAGUGGUAUCGCUGAUUACUGCCUCUGCCUGGAAGCGAAGUACGACGGUGAGCGAGUUCAAGUAUGUCUUCAGUGCUAGAAAUUUUAGUUAUAACAAGAUAUGGACUUAUUUCUUUUUUUCCUCCUCUUCCUUCACCCCCCCCGUUUUCCCUGCCCGUUCUCCCCCUGCUCCUGCUUCGAAUUAUCCUUUCUCCCUUUCCUAUCAUCCUUUUGUUUUCCGACUCUCUGCAUUGACCACCUUUUUUCUGUUUGACGGCCUUAAGAUUCGAUUCAUAGUAAUUUUUCCACAUGGUCUAAUCACAUCCGCAAUUUCCAAUUUUUGCCUUCAAGUUGCACAAAUCAGGCGACAAGUAUCGCUAUUGGUCUCGCAGUGGCAGAGAGUGGAGCUCUAGCUACGGGACUGAAGGCAACGGCACAACAGGCACCCUUACUCCACGACUGCAUGCUGGGGGCUUCUCUAACGAAGUAUCGGAAUGUGUUCUUGAUGGUGAGAUGUUCGGUUUCGACACCUACACAGACACUUUUGUUACCAAAGCCACUGGAUUCGACGUCAAGCGACCAGAUGCCACCGAUGGAUCAAAUCUUUUUGCCAGUAAGGUUGAACUUGCUCAUACAUCCCGAAAAGCCGCAAUCGUCCCCUGCUAUGUCGUCUUCGAUAUACUCUAUCUCAAUGGUGAGGUAGGUACAUUCUCAAACCGUCUACGAUUUCAGCACAUUACUUUACGCAUAUAUACUGAUUCAGUUGGGUUUUGCUUUUGCUGUAGCUUUUGACGCAUUUACCUUUGAGACAACGCAAGGAAAUUCUCCUCUCAAUUUUCCCCACAACAGCAGUGAGUUCUGAUAUCUCGGCCAAGGUCGCCAGCUGUUAUGAGAAACCGGAAGCAGGGCGCGAGAUCCCACGUGACCAACUGUUUUCUCUCUUCCCCAUCGUAAAGGGUGCUCUUUACCUAGGAGGAUUCACGUUUAUUACUCCCGAUAAAGUAAGUAAAUUUUAACGUAAGUUAUAGGGCGCAGUUAAUUUUACUUGAAGCAAUUUCAGUCCCUCAGCUGUAGAUUGAAUAAUUCCCCCACGUUUACUGUCACUUUGGGCUGAACACUUGUGCCAUAAGGGGCUAAUAUUCUUCGGGAUUCUCUAGUUAGUUCACCCACUACAUAUUUAACUAUCAGACCUAAGUAUUUGACUAAGAAAUUCGAUUUAUUAGCUGUCAUCGACCUCGCCGGGCACCUUCCAACAGCCUCCGUAACCAAAAAGUUGGCCUCUGAACCAGAAUAGUGCGGCAUUUGUCAUCGCAUGCGAUUUCCAAAUUUUUAUCUUAACUGUUGAUGAAAUUGAGACAAGUCAGCUGUCAUAUACAUCUUUUAACCCUAGGACCGGAUUUCACGACUUUUUGACGCCUGGGUAAGCAACGGAUCUGAGGGAUUGGUUGCUAAGGCAACUACAGCACCAUACGUGCCUGCUGGUCGCCUUCACUGUGGCUGGUGGAAAUUAAAACCGGACUAUGUUCUUGGUCUAACUACGGAUCUAGAUUGCCUCAUUGUGGGAGCCUACUUCGGCGUCGGCGGUGGCGGUCUUUCUAAUAACAGUUACUUUCUGCAGUUUCUCUGCGCCGUUCGCGACUUCAAAACCGUCGUCAGUGGGAAGUCAGUCGAUGCUGACUUCCCCUCCUUUCUAACCUUUUGCCGGGUACGUAUUUUCUCUUCCAUAUUACAUUGAACCGUUUUCUGGGCCCUGCUCAGUUAUUCCAAACUAAUCUCAGUUCAAUUGUCUGCCGACUAAGGCUACAGAGCUGAGCAUUUCAUUAGAAAAUCGUUCUUAUCGUUCGCCUUGUUAGUUGGUGACCGAGACAAACGGAUAAUAUGUAUGGAUGGGUGAUUCCGCCCAUGGAGUCAUCUUGUAGGCCCCAUGAACUCCAAUGUUUUCCAACCUAAGUUUAGUCCAGAAAUGCGCAAUCCCAAUUUUAUAAUAUGCCUGCUUCGGGUAGGCUGUCUUCCACGCGCCCAUAUCCCUUUUGCGACCAAGUACAGCUUGUCUGACUGGGAAGUGGGAAGUCUUCUACAUGUUGACUUGGGACAUCCUCUUGAAUUUUUCUCAAUUACAGCUACGGACGCUAACUACGAUGAUUUCACUUGGAUUCUGUCGCAUCUGCACCCCUGUUUACUCUUCCAAACCUUGCUGAUAUCCAAACCGUACUAUCUGCACUUUCAUAUGAUUGUCCUACCAGACUCCACCCUGGCAGAUAGACAGCCGCCUGGACUCUAGUUUCCCUUACAAUGACUGGGUUUGUGACCGCGAAUGCGGUGUUGAUUCCAACUCCAUUUACUGUACCCCUCCUCGAAGAAGAGCUCAGUGAAAGGGUGGGUGGAGAACUCUUUGGCUCUUUAUUAGGCUAGGCUGAACGAGCUCAACCCGCCAACUUUAAAAAAGUCGCGAAAAUUCCCUCAUGUAACGAAAGACUUCAGUGGAGCCAGGCAGCUGCACUUUUUGCGGACGACGCCUUGAUUUGCCACGGCCCAUAGACACUGGGGCGUCGUUUCAAUGGAGAGCAGUGCCCACGAGGAUGAUGACUAUGAUACCGUCGACGAGGAGGAGAAAGGAGCGCGAUUCUGAUAAUAGCGCGCUACAUAAGACCAGCUUUACGCGGUAACCGUCUCGUUGCUGCUCAUUGGAACUCUCCUAUUCUUUGCGUUUCUGUUGAACUGGGGUUUAGGUGUCUUGUAAUAAUUGUGGCGUCAAAUUUCAUUUUUACGCUUCCAAGGUUAGUAAUGGCUUUACGCGGGAGCAGCUGACCCUACUGAACAAGCAUCUGCGCCCCCACUGGAAGACCUAUGACCGCCGUAAGAUAAACUGUGGAGAGACGGAGUGGUUAAAAGUGACCGCCGAGCGCCCGGACGUUUGGAUUCCCCCACGGUAUUCAGUAAUUCUUCAGGUCAGUGCGAACAAGAUCCAUUUUGAUUUCAUCUUAGACAUACCCUUAACUUGGCACAGCACUCAACCUUGUGAAGUAUUGGAAAAGUCUUUGUCAUUCAUGUGUAAUGGUAACCUAGUUCUUGGCCAUCCCUAGGCAUUCACAACUGACUGAUAUUUCACAAUGGAUGUGACAUCGAGCGUGGAUAUGCGCGCAAUCGGUUAUACCGGGCGAAUUGACUAUGGACCUAGUUCUGCAUCCGAAAAUACACGCAACAUGACUCAAAUAUACGAGAAAGUACUAGUCCAUCUGUCCUAAUCAAUGGCCAUUAUCGUUACCAACGUAAUUCUAUGGUUUAGGAAGGCUUCCAAUAAAUCAUUUAAAAGGAAUACGGAGGUUUUCUGAAUAGAGCUUUAUUAGGUUUUUGCGCUGCAGGUGGCGGAUCCCAUCCCUAUGUUAAAAAGUGAUGAUGACGUUGAACUUUACAAGGACAACAAAAAGGCUGAGCAUCUGUACAGGUUCUUUCAGUCGGUUUUUACGAGGGAAGUCGCUGUACCUGCGGGUAAUAUGUGGUUUGGUAGCCCCACCUGAUGGACACAAUACUCUUGGGGUUGGGGUUAAGGGUUAAGGCUAGGGGUUAGGGUUGGACGUUAUGGUUUGGGGUUAUGGUAAAGGGUUAGGGUUAAGUUUAGGGGUUCGCGCAACUAUUUCUUAACCAUUCAAACUACAAAAAUGCAUUCCCAAUAGCUCUUCUUUUACAUACAGCUGCUUGAUCUCGUCGCAUGUGCGUUCUCCGGCCUCACCUCUAAAAACCCUUAUUACCACCGGUCCCGUAUUAGAGGUGAUUGGGGUUUGCUUACUUCAGGUGGGGCUACAUAACCACAUCCGACCAAAACGCGAACCGGCAUAAAGGAAGUUAUUCAGCAGGAAGAAGGCAGGCCCAAACAGCUGCGCCUUAAUAGUUACAGCUGUCAGACUUCCGUGGUGUUCUUCGAUUUCGUGGGUUUGAUGCGCCCAAUCUGACGGUCGAUCCCCAACCGCUUCCGUUAUAGCGUAGGGCCUAAGACAACCCGGCCGCCGGUGGACUGUUUCGAACAUUACGAACUAAGGCAAUAAUUGAGAUCCGAUUCAUGGGUGCAGCGGACUGUUUAACGCAUGUCAUCACUUAUACGCGGAGAACGUGAUUUGCUUCCUUAAAGGCAAUCGCAGGAGACGACUUUAUCUGUUCCGAAAGUUGUAAAUCUGUCCGAAACAAUUGCUGGUCCUCAUCUUCAGCGCUUUAGGCCCUUCCUGUUAAGUUGUUUUUAUGCCUCAUGCACCACCCACCCGAAACCUUAAUAAUUUAAUAACCGAGUUUCGUCAUUUCGCGACCCUUUGCCGUCCUCUCAAGAAAGCCACGGUGGGACGUGCAUUGCGAAUUGCAUAGGCGAGCCGGGACCGCUAGCCCACAUCUGUUUGGGAAAAAUGUGACCCCACCAUUUCGAUGUUCUUAUCUAAAACUACUUGGAACAGCCCUUAAUUAAGUCUCAUCUUCUAUAGAUUCAUGCCGCCGAAUUGACUUCUAGCGCUUCCUAUGCCGCCGGAUACACUCUCCGCUUCCCACGCGUCGCCGCCAUUCGUGAGGACAAGGAUUGGGAGGGUUGCGCUACUGUUGAGGAGAUCGAAAGUCUCAGCGACCGAACUGCCGUAAGUUUGUACCUUUUCGUCCAGACUUAUGUUUCUUGGCCACGUAUCUGUAUACCAUUCCUUGAGUAAGGGGCGCUUGGACAUCAGACUAUUUCAAUGUGUAUAUUCGACUUAGGUUGAGGUAAACUAUCGACCCUAGGUCCUUUUGCGCACCCUGGGAGCCUGACUACUGUUGUUCCCGAACUCCAUAGGGAGUGUAUAUUCUAAAGUGGAACUCCUUCCCUGAAGAGUCAUUCAAAUUCAGCCGCCAACCGUUGGUGACCUUGUACCCCUGGGUGAACCAAGAGUGGGAGCUCAAAACUUGGUCGUCAAAUAAUCCCUUCUCAACUUUUUUUGUCCUGGUCAGUCGAAUAACGCAUUCGGUCGUUAACCAUUUGGCCUGUGAAAUUUGAAGAUUCGCUCACUGCCUGCCCCAUCGCCUUUUGUGAAUCUUCUGACAAAGUGAUUCACUCCUCUGACUAGGUGACGCUGAAGGAGAUCAGAGUAGUGGCUGGUUGGCCAGUUUAUGCAUGACCUAACCUAGUAGGCGGCCCAUAAAAUUCGCUUCUCGACAUCUCUUUGAAACCCUGAUUAGAGGGCAAUUAUGCUUAACGAUAGCUAGUUCUGUCACAUCUGAUAUUUUGCCGAGACCCCUCAUACACUCUCGCUCCUUGAUAGCCACCCGAGGAUGUUACUUUAACUUUGUUGUAGCCCACCUUUCCCUCUCAUUUUCCGUUUAAAUAGGGGAAACUGACAGAGAAGCGACUUUUUCAAACCGACCAGAUCGAUAACUCUGCUUCAGAAUCAGAGACCGAUGGUACACCUAACACGAACUCCCUGCUAGAUCCUCUUGGGGGGGAGGAUUUCGCCGCUUUGGACGCCUUUGCUUCUGCCUCGACAGGUGGCGCCCUUGCUGGAAGAAAGAGAAAGAGAAAGGAGGGGACAAAAGGCAGUUGCAGUGCUGUAUCGACUCUCCGUGUCACUGCUCAAUACAGAUCUGCUCUGCAAGAUCCCAAUCAGGUGUGUCUCCCUAUCACUGUCAUCGUUUACCGCGCUUGUUUACCUCGUUUUAUGAAGUCGGUCCGCCGCUAUUUAAUUAAUGCCACCUGAUGAAUGCAAUGUAUCUUGUCGGCUUUAUGGUCCUCUGCAUAUUGUUUGCCCACAGGGAAUGUUUACAUAUUACGCCUGAACGUUUGUUCCUUUCGGUCUCUUUUCUGUCCUGCCUUUUGUUGCGCGACCGCUGAAGUUUCAGUGCAUGCAGCUCUUCCUUAAUUCUUUUCAGAUCGUGGCCGAGAGCGCAUCAUUUAAGGACAGGGAAUUUUGCCUCAUGUUGUCGUCCGAUUUCAACGCUACGCAGGGUGCCUACACUAAGGCCGACCUUGAACGUGCCAUCUUAAAGGCGAGCGGCCGAAUAGUACAAAACCCUGGAGCGAAAACCACCUACGUUAUCGCCAACCGUCCUACUGCGAAGGUACAGUCGAUUCUUCCCCCAUAGCAUGUCAGUGCCUUUCGAUCAUUUCCUGUUUCGUAUCUUGCCAUUACCUCUGUAGGUAUUAAAUCUCGUAGAAUCAACCCUGUCACAGACAGCGAAAGGCGCGGAGGGCGGUUAUGACAUUCUGACUACCGGUUGGCUUAUCAGCAGUAUCCAGGAGGGCAAACCUCUACCGCCGCGUCGCGAGCAUGUCUGGGCUGUGCGAUCCUCCACUAAAGCCGUUAUUGACAGAAAUUACGACUCCUUUGGGGACAGCUUUACUGACCCCUUUUCAGUUGAAAGUCUUCGAUCUUUUGUGUCACGGUCGGAACGUGAACCGGCCUCUUCAAAUUCUUCCCGCCAGGUAUUAUUUGUUUGAUAUAAAAACAAACUACUUAUUACAAAUUAUCAGAAAGUAAAUAAACCAUAUUGUUUGCAGCAGAUCGCGCCGGUUCCACACCUACCAAGGCAUGACCUCCUAAAGCUGCUGGAUUCCUUCAAUCUGUCGCAUGAUUCACUGAUUUCCUCGCCUCUUCUGGCGUGUACCGUCCUUCUCAUUGAAGUCCAAUCCCCUUCAAAAAGUGCUAUACAGGAUUUGGGUUGGAAAAUGCUGCGAGCUGAUUUGUUGCUUCUCGGUGCCGUGGUGUUCGGUCCGUUGUCUGCCCACGACCUGACUCCAGAGAAAAUUACUGGCUCCGCUUUUCCCACCUGCCAGAUUUCUGCAAAAAAGCAGAUGGAGAACAUAACCCACGUUGUCUGGGUAAGUUUUCGCUACCUAAAGGCGGGCAUUUCUAAGUCCUGAAAACAGCUUUGGCUCUCCACUGACCAUGACAUAGGUACUUAAAAUUUCGGUGCCCGUGGAAGAAAUUCAACUCUAUGCUGAGGGGCCGUCAUUUUAUCUGAAGCCCCUAUUAGAUAGACGUAUUGUAAAAGUAGUUGAAGGUAUUCCUUCUUGUCUUGCCGAUGCCAAUUAUUUGGCAUGUAAAAAUAUGCCACCAGUCUUCGUCUUUUUGCCCUUAUGGGUGUCAAUUUCAUUUUACUUUUGUUUCCCGUAUGUUUACUUUUUAACUCACCAACACCUCUUCCGAAACUCCAUACAACAUUCCGUUGAGCUCUACAGAACAAAGUGUGAAAUGAGUUGUACUCCCCACUAACUGUGCAUCAUUAUUGAUUCCAACUAUCUCCCGACGGCCGCAUUGUUUACACCUGUUUACCACAAAAACGUGAGACGUGAGAUUGCUGAGGAUUUUCACUCAGAGUAUACAACAAGAACGAUAUCAACCGUCCAAAGUUUAAGAUCUGCUAUCCACAAUACAGACUCUGACUUCGGUUUUGAAGACGGAUAAACAAGCCCCGUCGUCAGACCGUACCCUAGCCAUCUAGGCAGUGGCGUCGACGUGACUCAGGCGCUGUCGAAGACAUGUUCGACACUUGAGUGCUGUAAUUGCUCGCAAAAUCCUAUCUGGUUUCAAGGUCUGUUCUACGCAGAAGAGACUUGGUGCCAAUCCUAAUUCGACCGCCGUCGCCGACGAUGUCCACUGUGUGCAGGCUCGGUGGCCUGCGCGUGACUUAGUUUAGUGAGUGUGGACUUUCCCAGCAUCUACCGCACUCUCUCUACCUGUUGUUGUGUGGUGGCGCCAAUAGAUAGAUACAAAAUACAAAGCUUUGUCAUCAUUGCGUUCGUUUCGUCAGCGCGCUCUAUGGUCUCCGUUUACCAAGGCUCUUGCCUGCCUGGUCCGGAAUUUGAUUUAACAACUAAAAACUAAGACAUUGAGCGACGUGACCAGCAGUGGCCUGUUGCGUGUACACCGUUGGUCAACAGUGAAGGUUGACCAAGGGAACCUGUCGCGACCAUUGCUGAUACAGGCUCUGCAUGUUUGUGAUCCGUUUCGGCACUGUGUUCGUUGUUAUGCUUCAUGUCUUUCAUUCGUUCCCUGCUCUUUUCGCGUUUUGCUAACUUGAGAUACUUUGCGAUUCGUAAUUUCUGCUUUGACCUUGCCAGCUGGGUGUUGGAACCACAGCGGGAGCUGUUGGGAAAUUUCAAAAGGAUCAAGUUGGUGCGGCUAUUGCCAAGACCAUGGAGCAGACAAUACGGCCCCUGCAGCAUGUCUCCGAGGGGUGGGCUCGAGAAUGCGUUAGAGAACGGAGUUGGUGCACAGAGAUCGGCUUCGCCCUGUAA